UUGCAUAAUAAUCGCGGCUUAUAAACACAGCCAUGAACGCCUCUUGAACAUUACAGCCUGGUAAAACCCCGCGUUUGAUCUGAUCGAACUUUUCAGAGUAUUUUAUUUGGUAUUUUUAAGCCUUACUGAGCUGCAGGAUCUGCUGCGUCUCCUCGCGACAUGUUCAGAGCUGAAACGCUUUCUGAUUAGCGUGUGAAGUGGAUUUGUUUUUAGUGGUUUAAUGAGGUCAUUUGAGGUGUAAUGGCUCCCAGAAAGACGUACAUCAGUGUGGGUUACUCCUGUGUCGGGGUUCUGGUGGGAUUUUCAGCUUUCCUGGUGUGGAACAUCGUCUACAAACAGCCCUGCACCUCCGCCAUGGGAGGAUUAUCAGGGGUGUUGGCGCUCUGGAGUCUCAUCACUCACAUCAUGUACCUGCAGGACUACUGGAGAACGUGGCUGAAGGGUCUGAAGUUCUUUCUGUUCGUGGGCGUGUUUUUCUCCGUGCUCUCCAUCGUCGCCUUUAUCUCCUUCCUAUCCGUGGCCGUCUCACGAAAAGAGUCGCUGAAGGACCCUCAGAGCCUGUACCUGUCGUGUGUGUGGAGCUUCAUGAGUCUGAAGUGGGCGUUCCUCCUGAGCCUGUACUCUCGCCGAUAUCACAAAGAGUUCGCCGACAUCGCCAUCCUCAGCGACUUCUAACACACACACACACACACACACUCUCUCUCGAGUACAUGAACACCCUGUCUCACAGGUUGCACAGUGAGUUGAGACAUACUGCUACACGUUUCUCAGUUUUUAUAUGGCUGUGAGGAUGAAGGCGGUGACGAGCGGUCGUCACGGCGACUAAAGAGAUUAAAGGAAAACUCCGGCGUUUUAAAAAAAAUUUUUUAUCCGUCUCUCUCUCUCCACCGUGUCUGUAGCGGACGUGAUUACAGCACGGUUGAGAAUUUCCUCUCGUUUCCCUGUACCGCGUGGGGAAAAAACUCACUUAUAAUAGAAGUCAAGGGGCAGAUGUUGAACAUCCUACAGAAAGCGACAUGAUUUCUCAUCUUCCUGUACAGUAGGUAAACAGCGUAAAUUGCACUGCGCUUUUCUUUUUUCUUUCCUUCUCGUCGGCCUCGUAAAACCAUCGUCGAUUAAUCGUCCGUGUGGAAUCUUUAAGAAAGCGUCGCUCUGCGUCGUACACCACUCAUUUCCUGACCUCUAAUAACCACCAGAAAGUUGUUUCCAAAACUAAAACAGACGAGUAGUAGCUUUUCUUUUUCCCCACCCGAGCACUUUAUGGUUACCGUAAAACACCGAACUCACACACACACACACCCACACACCCCAGUUUCUACCUUACACAAGUGAUGUGUGAAAGGAUGAUUUAGCAACUGUACCACGUUUAAACUACGCUUUAUUCCUCUUCGAUAUUACCCGGAACUACUUUUUACUUCACUACUGUGUGAAAAAGUUGUAGAUAAAUGUCCGUAAGGAAAGACGUUCCUCAUCCUGCAGGUCUGUAGUUGUGUGUGUGUGUGUGUGUGUGUGUGUGUGUGUUAUAUAAUCACACAGUUUAAAUGUUUAGCGCUGUAAUUCAGUAACAGCUGCCCCCAGACUUCCAUUAUGACUGAAUUGGGAGUACACUGUUUUUUGUUUUGUUUGUUUGUUUGUUUGUUUGUUUGUUUGUUUGUUUGGAAAGGUGUUGACUACACACUUCAUGCACACAAUGCUUUAGGAAUAGGAUAAAAAAUCAUUUUUUAAAACUCCGGAAUCGUCCUUUAAGGCGGGUCGCACGAUGUUGAAUAGAUUUUAUGAGCACCGGUGCUUUUAAUCUACUUUUUGUAUAAUUGUGUGAUGCGUUUCUGAACCUUUGCCAGUUUAAAAAAAAAAAUGCAGAUUUUUUUUUCCCCUUCACUUUUUAUGAAAGGCGUGGCUACGGGGCGUCGCUGGUGACAUCACUACUUCGUAAAAACACUGCGUGACCGCGAGUUAGAUCAUUAAAUAUGGUGGCAUUUUCAUAAAGAGUGAGCGGUGUGCUGUGACUACAGUCGGGUGUGUAGAACACACACACACGGGUUUACGGUAACCAUGGUGACUGUAGUAUGUAUAUUUGUAUAUGACUGUGUGAGCGAUGUAGAUGUUCGAACAGUUCACGCUUUAGGUUUAUGAUUGCUUUUUAAUGACUGUAUGUCAAACGUGCUUUGCAGAAGUUUGUUCAAUUAAAACAGUAGAUUUGAACGUGAGUCGUCUCCGACGGGAAGCCUCUCUGUUCUGUAGACCGCGAUGUCCUCGUGAUGUUCUAACGAAACGUUAUUUUUUUUUCCACGUAUAAUGUUCUGAUUUCACGUUCCAGAACAGUUCGUUACACGUCGGAUCGUUUGAAUUAUUCGUAUGUUUUAUCGAAUCGUCGUCGACGAUAGAACCGUGAUAUUCAUCGCUUUUGUAUAUUAUGCACUAUUUCCGUGGAAGGGAAAAAAAGAGAUUGCUUUAAUUGAACAAACGGAGCGUAAUAUUUUUAUCGGAAAAGUUGUUGCGUGCAGAAAUUUAAUAAGAAGGUGUACGCGCGUAUAAACUUGCUAAACGUAGCUGGCUUUACUAAAACAAGCGAGCGUAAGGGUUUUACUUCGCAGGCACCUGUUUGAAGGAACAAAAACAACGAUCACGGCUUACUACGAUGUGGCUACGAUUUGUUAUCCUGUCCGUGUGCGUUAAUACGUCGUGGCCACGCGUUAUGUAUUAGGGGUGUGACGAUCCGGCGAUUUGGAUCGAUGCCUUGAUUUUAAAAGGCGACAACAUAAGUUAUUAUUAUUAUGGAAAAAGGACAGAGGAGAGUGGUGUAGGAAAAAAUGAUUAAUAUAUUUUUUAAUUGAUUCAAUUAUUUUAUUGGCUCGCAAGAUCAUUUAGCUGUAACUAGAGCUGCAACAACUAAUCAAUAAAAUCGAUAAUAAUCGAUUAUGAAAAUCGUUGUAAGGAAUCUCAUUAUGGAUCAGUCGGUGUGCGGCGGUACGUUUACUCGUUACGUUACUUCUGUUCUGAAAACACGCUUCGGAGAGUAAAUACUGAAGUGUCUCAAUUCUCGUACUGUACACUUACACUAUGCACUGUGUACUCUACCGUCUAGUGCAGUGAUUCUCAACCGGUGGUGCGUGGACCCCUAGUGGUCAGUGGUGUACUUGCAGGGGGUCUGUAGGGAAGUUUUAAAAAUGUUUAAAUAAUAUUCUGUGUUUUUUUUGUUAAAUGUAUCAAAAUAUAUUCAAAUGAGAUGUUUUAAAAGUAGUCAAUUUGGUUAUUCACAAAUAUCACGUUAACUGAGCUGACGAUCGUUCAUUGAUGGAUUUAUUUACAAAUGAAAUGAUAAUUUGUAAAAAGUUCAACAAGUUCAAGUGUCGCAUUGAUGGAUAAAAUAAACAAAGGAUAAUCCAGAGAGUCGAAUUAAAUGUCACACCGACAAAAAAAUCGUAAUGUUUUGAUUCAGUUUUAGUGUUAAUUGCUGUGGAGUGAAGCGGUGCUUGUGGAUUGUUUGAAAUACGCGAGGGGUCCAGAGCUCACAAAAGCUUGAGAACCACUGGUCUAGUGUACGACUUUUAGAAAGGUAAUAUCAUCUCAAGUGGAACACGGUAGUUUUUUACUAACGUGAAAGUUUUCUCCCAUCCGAUUAAUCGAAAAAAUAAUCUGUCAACUGAUCGAUUACGAGAAGAAUCGUUAGUCGGAGCCGUAGCUGUAACGCUCUGAAACGUUUCCUUUGAACAGCGGGUUCGCUCCGGAUUGUCGCGUAUCGAUGAGACGAUGAUUCGUUGUGUUGUCGUUAAAUUGAAUCAUUGCAUUCUGAAAUGAAUCGAAUCGAAUCGUGCCAUCAGAAGUGUGACCUUUACACCGUGUCGUUGUCACCGGCGCGGCUCCGUAGUCCUCGUAUCCGGGAUCGUCGCGUUAGGAUAAGGGACGUGGAGAUGCGUGAUAACUUUUUAAAAUGUUAUUUUCAGUGUAUUUAUGCCUGUAUUAAUCUCACUGAUUUAAAAAUAAAACGCAGAAUGCAGCGACACAACCGAGUGAAUAUCGCUGACCGUUUGUCAACGUCGUGAGUAAAAAUGUCGUUAAUGGCGUGAAUGUAGCGAAUCGUUUGACGUGAGACUUUAGCGUGCAUCAUCGGUCAUAAAAACGCCGCAGGUUUCAGCCACUCGUGUUUCUGUUUAUCUGAAGAGAACAAAUGUAAACGUUUUAUUGUUAUUUAGGAUAUGGAUCCUACGAAUAAUGUUUGUGUGUCUUUAUAUACGUUUCUGCGUGCACAUCAUGUUAAUAAAACACUUUUAUUGGAAUUACG